GGCCGGAGAGGGGGUUGUAUCCUGGAAAGAGGUCAGAUCGUAUCGCAGCAGGGACAGAAGCCUGAGCUACCGUGACGAGGGGAACUGCACACUUAGCAGAACUGCUUGGCUGUGCAUGUCUCUUGCCCUCGAUUUAAAUCUGAAGUUCAUGUUAGGAUCUUAGACACAGGCUUGGAGGUACAAAACACUGGAGCUUUUUGUUUUGCUGAUGGUACAGUCACCUUUUUGGUAUAUAUAAAAAUUGUUUUUGAGACAGGGUCUCUAACCACUGUGUAGCUCAGGCUGGCAUGGAACUUAUUAUGCAGACCAGCCUGGCCUGUAACUCACACAGCUCUACCUGCCUCUGCCUCAUGAGUACUGAGAUUAUGAUUUUUUAUCUUUAUUUUAUGUGCAUUGGUGUGAAGGUGUCAGAUCACCUGGAACUGGAUUUUUAGACAGUUGUGAGCUGCCAUGUGGGUGCUGGGAAUUGAACCUGGGUCCUCUGGAAGGGCAGUUAGUGCUCUUAACCGCUGAGCCAUUUCUCCAGACGCCAUGAGUACUGAAAUUAAAGGUGUACACAACUAUACCCAGCUUAUAAGCAUUUUUAGAGGUGGUAUGAGGUUUUGCUUUUCAUGAAAUACUAAGGUUUAAAAUGUGUACCUAACCCAUAAUCAUACAAAAUGUACAUAGCACAUUUUUCAAGGCAAGUUCUUAAUUCCAGAAGAUAAUAUUAAUAUAUUUUCCAGGGUGUUUUUUUAAAAGAUUAAUUCAUUUUUAUGUGCAUUGGUGUUUUGCUGCUUGUAUGUCUACAUGAGGGUACCAGAUCCCCUGGAACUGGAGUUACAGACAGUGUGAACUGCCAUGUGGGUGCUGGGAAUUGAACCUGGGUCCUCUAUGAGAACCAUCUCUCCAGCCCCCGGGUGUUUUCUUAAAUAGAAGAUAGUUCAAAUAUGAUGAGAGCAGGGAGCUCUAGGCAUGGGGGUAGAAGUAUUUACCAGGUGAAAAUUGACACAAAGUCUUAAUGAAGAGUGUAUGUUCUGGGGCCAGAGAUGACUCCGCGGGGUGAUAACCUGAAUGUGGUCCUAUGACAUGGUGGUGGAAGGUGAGAACAACCCCAGAGAGUUGGCCUCUGACCUAUACAUACAUACACACACAUGCACAUUGGUGCACAUGCACACACAAACACACACUACUACUAUGCAUUGUUGACAAACACGGCAUAGAAAUUCUCAGGCACUUGCUGCCUCUGAGAGAGAAUGGGUAGUUUCUGUAGCAGCUUAGAGACAUUAACCUAACUUAUAUCCUGGGCCAUUUGUUUGGGGUCAUUGAGAUAAAAGGUGACACCAGCAUCCUGCUAGAUAGUAAGCUUUAUAAACACCAUUUGUCCUUUCUAAGAUUGGUGCAAGAAAACCCAUUUUUAAUAAAAAGGGAAGAAGAGAUUGGCCAUUUGGGGUGAGAUGCCACAGUUAAGCUAAGAGUUACGCUUUUGUUAAAUAACAGGGCAUCACAGGGCACUGGAGCAAGAGAAAGGAAUUUCUGGCUUUUUUGCCUCCGCAGUCAACAUUUGGAGAAGACCAACAGCUUGUCCCAUUUUCACUGCGUAUUAUUAUAUCUGGUAGACAAAAGAAAACAAAUGCUUGAUUGGGAGCCAGGCAUUGUGGUACAGACCUGUAACCCAAGUACUUGGCGGACUGAAGCCAGAAAUCACAAAUUCAAGAAGGAACUGGAAAGGGAAGACUGUGGGCUUUCUGUGGAGGUGCUUUUAUCUUGUUUAGGAAUGUGUUAGGACAUAAGCCUUUAUUAAAACCCCAGUGCAUAUUUAAGAUGUGUACACUUGAACUGAAGAGUUGGCCCAGUGAGUGAGAACACUGUGUACAGCGCGAAAAACAGUUCAACCCCCAAUAUCCAUGGCAUAGUCAUCUGUGUACCUGCAGGCCCAGUGGUGUGACAGGCAAAGGAUUGCCGGGGCUCGCUGGCUACCAGUCAGCUGGGGGUCCAGUGAGAGAUGCUGUCUCGGUGGAAUGUGGUGGGAAGGGGUAGAACCGGACGUCCCAUGUCCCCUAGGCUUUGUGCACACGACAUAUGCUUCCCCUCUUCCCACAAAGAUGUGUUUGACUUAAUUAUAUCUUAGAGUCAAUAUUUUAGUCUGAUCUAUGGAUAGGGCCUGUGUAAGGUUUCUGUGAGUAUAUAAUUUGAUUUAUCGAUAAUGAACUGUGUAACUAUAUAAUUUGGACUGCUCUUUAGGGUUUGAUUCAUUGAUGAGUGCCAUUAAAUUUUAACAAAAAUGCUUUUUAUAUUUUUGGUUGCGAACCUAGGAUUUAACGGCUGAGCCAUCUCUCCAGUCCACAGAAUUAUUUUUAAGAUACAUCAUGCUUAAUGAUGAAAUAAAAGGAGGGCUGGGGAUAUAAAUCAUUUGGUAUAGUGUCUAGCAUGCACAAAACUCUGGGUUUGAUCAGCAUUGCCACAUCCACUGGGCAUGGUGGCACACAUCUGUGUUAACCCUAGCACUUGAAAAAUGGAGGCAAGGGGAUUAGAAGUGCAAGACCAACCUUGGCUACAUCGUGAGUUUGAGGUCAGCCUAGGACAUGAGACCUUGUUUUAUUUUUUGCUUUUUUGUUAUGUUUUGUUUUUUAAAAACAACUUGGGAGGAAGAGACACGUGAUCCCCAAGUUCAAGGCCAGCCUGGUCCAUAGAACAAGUUCCAAGUUAGCCAGGGCCAUACAGAAAACUGUCUCAGGGGAAAAAAAAAAAGAGGAAAAGGAGGAAGAGGAAGAAGAAGGAAGAAAAGUGUGAAAAGGAAAUUAAAGCAAACUGGUGAAAAAAUUAAACACUAUGAAACACUAUUCCUAAAUGAUAAUAAUAAUGAUAAUAAUAAUAAUAAUAAUUUUGUUUCAGGCAGGCAAACAGGAACCCUAAAACAAAAACUUAAAAGAUGGUUCUCUGAAAAGACCCGUAAAAAAGGUGUUGAACAGAUCUAAUUUUGCUCUAGCCAUCCCUGUGCUAGGGGGAGAAGGCUUGAGUUUCUUACCAAGACCUUGCUGAGGUUGCUUACUGCUUAAAUUAUGAUUUGAGAGUCCCCCUGCCCAAAUACCUUUACAUUUAAGAUGGAGAUAUAGCUCAGUUGUAGAACUCUUGUCUAUCCUGCAUGAAUCUUCAUCCUCCACACCUGUCAAACAGGAUCAAAUACCACCACCAAGAUAAAUCUACCUGAAAACAAAAGGAUUAUUUUGGGACCAUAAAGAUGGCUCAAUUUUCAAGUACAUUUGCUGUAGAUCUGAGCACUUGUGUAUCAAACUACGUUCAAUUAACAUCUGUAACUCCAGUCCUAAGGAGGAUGGAGACAGGAGGACCACUGGAGCUGAGAAAACGUGAGCCCCUGGUUCAGGGAAACACCCCACCUUAAAUGAAUGGGCGGAGAAAGAUGGGGUGGGGCAUAGAAACCUUCCGGCCUCUGCAUGUGCACAUUUACAGAAGGCAUACACACAAAUAAGAAAAUAACCAUCUGCUUGUUGUACAUAUAGUUUUCCCACUUGUUGAAGAUGAGAGCAAGUUUGCAUAGCAAUGAAAGAAACCUUUACCUGCCCCUAAGUCCUGCAUCAUCGUUUCUGAACCAGAUGAUAAAUGAGCAAUCGCAAUGCUCUCUGAAUAUAGAUCCUUUCCUGUUUUGUUAUGUUUUAAAUUUUCUGAUUAUUUUCUUUGUGUGUAUGAUGUGUGCUGUAGGGAGAAGGGUGCUUUCCACCUUUACAUGGGUCGUGGAGAUCAAACUCAAGCUGUGAAGCUCAUUGUCUGGACACAAGUCCCUUACCUGCUUAGUCAUUUUGCCAACUCCCUGUUAUUUUGAGGCAAAGUUUAGAUCCCUGCUAGCUUUGAACUCACAGCCAUUUCCCUGGUGCAACCUCUCAAGGGCAGGCAUGUUUGCAGGGUUUUCUGUUCCACCAGCCAGCUCUCAACCACACAGAGACUUGUUAUUAAUUGUAAAUGCUCGGCUGAUAGCUUAGCCUUGUUACUAACUAGCUUUUUCUACGCUCUAUCACAUGGUGGUGCUUUUUUUUUAGCACCGCAUGUUCAUCUCCUGCUUCCUCUGCAUCUCGCUGGUGACUCUGCCCAUCUUCAUCCCCAUUCUCUCUUUUUGUCCACAAGUCCUGCCUAACCUAUGCCUGACUAGCUAUUGGCCAUUUAGUCCUUUAUUAAAUCAGUGAGAGUCCUUUAUCAAACCAAUGAGAGCAACGAAUAUCCAGUGUGCAGCACUGGCAUUACAGGCUUUGAAUAUAGAUCUUUUAAGGGCAGUUGUAUUUACUGUGAAGGGUGAUUAUAACGAUUAAUUGAACACACGGACACACACACUCCUUGCACAGUUGCUACAUAGCAUUCCUCAGUAAAUUGCAGCUAGUAUCACUAGAAUUGAUGUUUCAGAGAGCACUGUGUGUAGUGGUCUUCCUAUGUACUUCCUGCUAUAGUUAAUGUAUAAUUGAUAGGUAUUGUCUAAGUAACUGAUGUUAAUUAGUGAUUGAUACUGCAGAAACGCUGAUGUUUGUGCACAACAGGCAAUGGAGAGUGCCACUGUCCUCUGAAACCAGCUGCACUACAGUGACGGCAGCUCCAGUGAAAGGAAUAUCCAGACCCACUUCUGCGUUACAGGAUGGCAGCCACUGACUUUUCCCACGAUCUUUCAGGGGACUCAGUCUGCCUUCAAGAAGAGAAGGUAUCAGCACAAAGGAUGUUGACUGACUGCCUGACGAAUUAUCAGGAGUUGGUGAACUUUGAGGAUGUGGCUGUGGACUUUACCCAGGAAGAGUGGACCUCACUGAAGCCAUCCCAGAGAAGCCUCUACAGAGACGUGAUGCUGGAGAACUACCGGAACCUGGCCACAGUAGGGUGUCAGCUCAUCAAACCCAGUCUGGUCUCCUGGUUGGAACAAGAAGAAUUUAGAACAUGUCAGAACAUAGUUUUCCCAGAAUGGAAAAUGCAGCCUGAAACCAAAUGUUCGGCAUUCCAACAGGAAUUUCUGAGGGGUAACAUGCCCGGUGGGUUGCACAUGCAAACAGGAAGCCAGAGUAGAGGGGAGCUCCAUAACUGGACAGAGUCUGGAGCUUUCUGCAGUGAUCUCUCACCCCUUCAGACACAUGCGAAAACUCAAGCGACACGGGAUGACGAUGAUUGCAGUCAGUACAGAAGAGACUUCCUGAUGCUUCCCAAGAAAAGCUGCGCUGGUGAGGAAGCCUCUACGACCCCAGUUAAAGUUGAUCGAAAAACUGCCACACAAGAGAAAUCUUUUGAAUGCAUUGACUGUGGGAAGUUUUUUAUUAAUCAGACACAUCUUCAAACACAUAGAAGAACUCACAGUGGAGAUAGACUUUAUGAUUGGAAUGAAUAUGGGAGAAGUUUCAUAAACUCGAGACUUGCUGUGCUCAUAGAAACUCUCAAUGCAAAGAAGCCGUACAGGUGUAAGGAGUGUGGGAAAGGCUAUAGAUACCCUGCAUAUCUGAACAUUCACAUGCGAACGCACACUGGCGAGAAGCCCUAUGAAUGUAAGGAGUGUGGGAAAGCCUUCAAUUACUCCAACUCAUUUCAGAUACACGGACGAACUCACACUGGAGAGAAGCCCUAUGUGUGUAGUCAGUGUGGGAAAGCCUUCACUCAGUACUCAGGACUUAGUAUACACGUUAGAUCUCACAAUGGUGACAAGCCUUAUGAGUGUAAGGAGUGCGGGAAAGCCUUCCUUACAUCCUCACGACUUAUUCAACAUAUAAGAACGCACACAGGAGAGAAGCCUUUUGUGUGUGUCAAAUGUGGCAAAGCCUUUGCUCUUUCUUCAAAUCUGAAUGGACAUCUGAAGAUGCACGCUGAAGAGAAGACAUGCGAGUGCAAGAUUUGCGGGAAAGCAUUUGGGUAUCCUUCGUGUCUUAACAAUCACAUGAGAAUGCAUAGUGCCAAAAGGUCAUACACAUGUAAGGAAUGUGGGAAGGCCUUCAACUAUUCCACUCACCUUAAAAUUCACAUGCGCAUCCACACUGGGGAAAAACCCUAUGAGUGCAAACAGUGUGGAAAAGCCUUCAGUCAUUCCUCUUCAUUCCAGAUACACGAAAGAACCCACACUGGAGAGAAACCCUAUGAAUGUAAGGAGUGUGGGAAAGCCUUCAUCUGCCCCAGUUCCUUCCGAAUUCAUGAAAUAAGUCACACUCACACUGAAGAAAAACCAUAUAAGUGUCAGCAGUGUGGAAGAGCCUACAGUCACCCUCGUUCCCUUCGGAGGCAUGAAAGAACUCACCAGUGAGCAGCCUGGCUGAUGGAAGCUGUGUGAGAAAGCCAUGAUUUGCUCUAGUUUACUUUGAAGACAUGAUGGUACUCACAGUGGAGAGACACUGUUAAAAUUAUAUACACAGCUUGGAGCAGUACUGUAUGGUAGCUGCUCAGGAGGCUGAAGAUGGGGGAUACAUUUAAAUCCAAACUGGGCAACACAGAUACUCCAUGUCAAAAAAAUUAAAACGAUUGCUGACAAGAUGGCUCAGUGGAUAAAAUCACUUGUUGUGAAUGUCUGACAUCUUGAAUUUGAUCUGUAUGCCUGUAAAAUAGACAGAUAAUAGUGGCAUUCAUCUGUAUUCCCAACAGUCCGACAACAUAGGAGUCAGGCAGGAGGAUCACCUGGAAGCUCACAGGCCGACUAUCUUCUGAGACACCUUGUCAUGCUUCACCAGGGUAAGAGGACCAGUGCCUUACAGCUGUCCUCUGACCUCCGUAUGUUUGCUUACUUCCCACUUAUGCCACAGUCAUAAGUAAAUUUUUAAAGAACUUAAUUGAGGGCCAUUGAGAUGGCUCUGCAGAUAAAAGCAUUCUACAUACAAUCCUGACAACUUGGGUUCUAUCCCUGGUUCCCCACAGUGUAAGGAGAGAAGUGGCUCUUAAAAGCUGUCCUCUGACCUCCACGUCAAUGCUGUGGCACCCAAGCCCACUGGCCAGCCCCCAGUAAUAAUACAUUUUAAAAAUUAAAACGAGGGUCUGUAGAGAUGGCUUAAACAGUUAGAAGCACCCGCUGCUCUUGCAGAGGACAUGGGUUCAGUUCUCGGCACUCACUUGGCAA